GUCCGAUUCCUGGGAGAGCAGAGCAACAAGCGCAGCAAUACCGCAAGGCUAUGACAUGACUAUGAGGAAUUUAGACUCGUCACUAGGAAUGAUCAAUUUGUUUGUUUUUUGACACUGGCAUUCACUGUAAUAUAUUUCAAAAAAUAAAAUGUGAAGGUUUGGACUGGAGUUUACAAACUAGAACCGGGUCGGUGGCAGCGCCGCAUGACGUCAGAGGCGCUGGUGUGCUGGACAGUUCUCAGAAUAUAAUUCUUGGAAUUGGCGAAUUUUAAAAGCCAAACCCACAGUCUUUCCUUCACACGCUUAGAACCCAUUCUAGUGGCAACACUCAUCGCACUGCUGCUCUGUAUUCUAUUUGUCUAAAUUAUACAUUUAUUAUAUUGCUUUUGAAUUAGUUAAUUACAGACCGUCUAUUAACAUAUGGGAUAUUCGGACACAACUUCUCUAUUCACUGAACAGAUGCGUGGGACAUUCAGAACAAAAUAAACACAUUCCUUUGUUUCGACCGGCUUUAUUUUCGUAAAACCGCUGUGGAAUUAGACUAGUAUGGGAUAUUGAAGACUCGCCAUCAUGAUUCUUUGUGUUCAGAGGCACAAGUGCAAACUUCAUGGAGUAGGCCAUUCAAAGAGAUACAAAGAGGUGCCUUCUGAUGUCAUCGGCCUUUCCCCCCACUCCCACUUGUGCCAUGUCAGAGGACACCUGGACCGCCUAUUGAGAUCUGUCUUUUGUUAAGUAAACCCUAGACCACUGCUGUCUGGUACACCCACAGAGGGCCAUCUAGGAAUGAGGACAGGGAGCGUCUCCUCCCCUCACUGCAUUCACAGCACCUCUCCGCAGUGGGACCCCACUAAAGACCUGCGCACCAUCGCCAACAACACAUUCUACCUUGAUACCUCAGGCUGGUACUGGGGAGCCAUCACAGCAGGUCAGGCCCAUGAAGCUCUGCAGGCAGCGUCAGAAGGGGCCUUUCUGAUUCGAGACAGCAGCCAUCCCCUGUACAUGCUGACCCUGUCUGUUAGGACUGCCCGUGGCCCCACCAGUAUACGCAUCCAGUACAGUGGAGCCCGGUUUCUGCUAGACUCCAGCUCGCCAGCCCGACCCAGCCUUCUGUCCUUCCCUGAUGUGCCGAGCAUGGUGCAGUACUAUGUGGGACCAGGGAGGAAGGUGCAGCAGGGGAAGGUGGAGGAAACUCAUGGUGGCAAGCCUGCCCAGAGGACAGUUCAGGAGAGCACAGUACUGCUGAAGCUCAAGCGGGCCCUGCACAAGCCCCAGGCCUUCCCCUCCCUACAGCACCUUGCACGCCUCACCAUCAACUGCAGCACAGACUGUCCUGACCAACUGCCUCUGCCACGCCCACUGGUGCGCUUCCUGCAGGACUACCCGUUCCAGGUAUGAGGGUCCUAUGAUCUGCACCCCUGUGGAGGGCAGAGCUGAAUUAAACGAAACCGUUCAACUAAAUCUUGAGGAGCGCUGUCAGAAAUUGGUCCCUGGCAGCUGGAAACCACAUCACUGCACUGGUCAGUAAUAAUGCCACAUCGGACACAUGGUUGGUCAUGAGACCAUGUCUGGGAAAGAACAUUUCAGAAAAUGGUGUCUCGUUAUUGUAUUUCUCAGAGGGGGAAGUGGAGUUCUGCGAACCCCGCCGCAUGAGAUUCACUGGAAAACAAAACGUGGUGCGAACUGUAGUGUAGCCCCGUGCUAUGAGGGAUAUGCUCCCCACCCUCUUGCUGUGGCAGUGAAUUGUUUUCCAGUGAGAUGCAUUUUCAAUGUUUUAUUUUGGUCAUUUUUUACCUCCCCGACUCUGUACAUAUCCCUUUUUCUAUAAAAAAAAUUAUCUUCAACAUGA